UAUACCUUGCUUUGUUAUACAGCCCACGACAGAGGUCAUUGUAGAGGGGAGCUGUUUAACGGUGAGCAGACACUUGACUAUUACCCCAAACAGGGCACCCUAUGAUUUUAUUUCACCAGGCAAAUAUUGCAGCAUAUAAUACUCUGUUAAAGCAGGGAGGAAUGGAUAUUUGAUGCAGCCUCUCAGGAGAGUUAGGAUGAGAGAAGGCUUUCAGUAAUAAAUUAAAUGCUGCCGGCAGUUUAAAUUUGUAAAUAAAUAAAAGUGAGUGCAAUUACAUUGAGGGUCUUCUGGAAAAAGCUCAACCAGCUUCAGCUCCUGCCUGGUUGGGAAACUGUGUUACAGUGUCAAGGUGGACAGCAAUAACCUCGCCAAGGAGAUUCCCAUUUGCACCUUCACCUCGUGGUCAUGCUUCCCACAAGCCAGCCAGCCCAAGUUGGGCUUUGCCCUUCGUUAUCUUUUGGGACGGAUGCAGGCACGUCAUGGCCACAUUACCCAGCAGCCGUGAUUGCAGUUUAUUGCCCCACCAAACCUGAAAUUAGCCUCAAUGAUCUGGCACAAAGCUGAAAUGCAAACGGACUCUGGCAAGGCUCCUGGGUCAAGAUCAGCCUUUUCUUACCUUUAGUGCACAUUGAGUGAGCUUUGCCCUCUGAUGGCCUUGGGCACGCCUUGGCAGAAUGACACCUCAUGGUUUUAAUGGCUUGAGGAGGAAAAUGUGCAGGAUGAGAAGAAAAAGGAGAGUGAUGCAGGAAUGACAGCAUAGGAUAGUGAGUUGGGAUGAGAGUUUGAAAGACAUGGGAAGAAAAUGUUCAAUAUCAGAGCUACGUUAUAGGGAGAGGAGUUGAGAAAAGCUGAGUAUCAAAGGACCAGGAGAAAUGGGUUUUGCUCCUACUUGGUUAGAAAACACUUUUAACGGGACCCCAAAGUUAGCUGAAACAGAUGCCCAACCACUUCACAUGUUAGCCCCAGGGAGCACGGCAAGUGUCCACUUCUGGCACCAUCUCUGGUUCCAGUUGACUCUGGGCAAGGAGCAGGGCUGGGUCUGCUCACACAUCGCACAGCAACGGGUCCUUGGGCUUCUUUUCAGUACAGUUCCCACCAAGACUGUGGGUCUGCCUGCUCAGCUUUUGGCUUCUCUUUGUCAAAGAGACAACACAGCUUCCCUGUGGGAAGAGAAGGGAUUAUUCCAUGUAGAGCAAGAUCCUCCCAGGAAUAUGAGCUUUCUCUUUGUACCAAAUUGGGUCUACCCAGAGGAGCCUGACGAGGACAGCUUUUGCAAUCUGACAGACGCGGGUGAAAGCAAGUCAAGAGAAAAGACGUUCCCCUGAAAAGGAGCUGGAGAGCAGCCCUCAAGCCCUGUCUGCGCUAGGUGAAGGAGAGCCAGCCAGCCACACCACUGGCUUUAGCCUAAACCCACCCCCCCCUAAGACGCCGAGAUACACUAGUGGUUGAACUGAUUUUCCAGAGGCGGCAUGGACAUCAAGGAAUAUUUUGCCAGAACUUCUUACCAGGGCUCCUAUGAUAAGCUGGACCUGGCUACCUUGACGGAUAUAUUGCAGCACCACAUCCGAGCAGUCCCUUUCGAAAAUCUCAGCAUCCACUGCGGGGAAUGCGUUGAGCUAGACCUGGAAGCGGCUUAUGACAAGAUAGUGAGGAAGAAACGCGGGGGCUGGUGUAUGGAAAACAACCAACUUUUAUCUUGGGCCCUGAAAACUGUUGGCUACGAUGUCACCCUUCUGGGAGCAAAAGUUUAUGUCCCGGAGUAUGACGUGUAUGCACCCGAAAUGGAUCAUCUGCUGCUGAAAGUGGUGCUUGGCGACAAAUCCUACAUCGUGGAUGGCGCCUUUGGGAUGGCCUACCAGAUGUGGCAGCCGAUGGAGCUGAUUUCUGGGACAGACCAGCCGCAGGCUCCCGGGGUCUUUCGCUUCCUGGAGAAGAGCGGGGUCUGGUACCUCGAGAAGGUGAAAAGGAAGCAGUACACUCCUGACCAACGCGUCUCCGCUUCCCAUAACUUGGAAGAAGAAGGUUGCCGUCCAGUUUAUCUCUUUACCCUUCAGCCACGAGACAUCGAAGAGUUCCGAGCCUGCAACACGCGUCUGCAGACAAAGGAGGCCUCGCUCUUCGUGUCCAAGUCUAUCUGCAGCCUGCAGACCACCGACGGCAUCCGGGCUCUGGUGGGGUGGAAAUUCACCGAGAUGAAGUACAAUUAUAAGGAUAAUAUGGAUCUGGUGGAAAUCAGAAUCCUUGCAGAUGAAGAAAUAGAGAAAACACUGAAAGAGAAAUUCAGUCUAACACUAGACAACAAACUUGUACCCAUCAAUAGAAGCAGGCCGCAUCCAUCUGAACUCUUUGCCUGAAUUAUGUAUAAUUCAAUCCAGUGGCAUUACAUGCAAUCCUUCCCCCUAUUUCUGACAAACGCCUAAAGGUUAAGCUUUCUCUUGCCAUCUAUACCAGUGUAAGGCAGAACAUAUUAGUAUGAAUCUGGAAAAAGAAAUUGAUUUUCACAACUGCUCCUGCAUCUCUCUUUGGUUUGGGUACAAAUAAUUUCUUCCUAGCUCAAUCAAAUCACUACCCUUCUCUUUGUGCUUAGCUGGAAGCAGACUCUGCCCAUUCCCUACUCCUUUCGUCUCUUAAAAGCUUUUCUAAAUACACCCAGAGUAGCAGGGUAGAGCGAUGGAGCUGUAUGUCUCUUUAUUACUUUGUGCUGCCACCUGGGGAAAAUCGUACCCACCUCUUAAAUGAAUUCCAUAUUAUUUUUGGACUUUAAUAGCCAGAAAAACAAAGACAUCCAUUGCUGAGUUUGCUCCAGUUAAGCCAUAAGCCUGUCCUUUUUGCUCUUGCAUUCAUAACACCCUCCCGUGCGACAGUCAGACAGUUCCAUGCCUGUGCUACACCAUGAGAAUAUUUAUGGAUGGGCUAUUUAUGGCCUAAAACUGAUGAUGAGAAAUAUUAGUGGACAAUUCUGUCUUGGUCCAGAGUUUACAUGACUCCUGUUCUCUCAGUGCCAUAAUCAAAAAGCAGGAUUUCUUUGAACUGAAAGCAUCUCCCGUGCAUUUUGUUUGCUACCACCCGGCAGCAGACUGCUGGGAAUACGUGCUCCUCUCGUAAGACUCUACUCUGAGUGUUAUUGCACAUUAAUUAUUGUGGCUGAACUCAAAUACAUGCGCAGAAUAAUUUUUCUGAAACAUUUCUGUUCUACUGAGGAUGUGUUUGCAGUGAUACUAAUUAUAUUGAUAUAAGGAGAAACGAUGAAUCUUAAUCAGAUACCUAAAGGCUAAGAUCCUUAGUGUGAGAAAUUACUCAAAUGUGAUCA